AUGCCUAGCUUCCGUUCAGAAUCGACGCUCUCGCCCUCGACAUCAAGAUCGUCUUCGCCUUGUUCUGUGCCACCAACGCCAGCGCUCGUGGUGGAGUCCGAGUCGGAAUCCGAAGAAGAGGUGGUGGAGGAAGAGGACUUGGGCGUCUUUCAGGACGACGAGGACCUCUUCUUUGCCAAGAUCGCGUUAUCCCACCCUGAGAAUGACUUUGAGAGUCUGGACGACAAUCUUAAAGCGGAGCUGGGUAUUCUACCGCCACCUGUCAUAACGUCUCGGCUACAGAUACAUACCACGGGGUCCGCACGGACGGAGGGAUUCUACGAGAUCAGUCACGCGCAGAAGGCCGAAUAUGUGUCGCAGUAUCAAGCCCGUUCAUCUGCUGCAUCGUCCAAGGUUGUUGUUGAUCCUGCACCAAACGACAGCCCUUCGAAAGCUGGUGUCACAUCUUCGCGGGAGAAUCGAGCGAAUGCCCGUCGACGUGCUCAAGGUCUCGAGGAAAUGAACCAGCUCAACCGUGCUGUAGCGUUAUCCAAAUCUACUGCACAGAUGAACUCGAAGGAUAAUCCGGCUCAGGAGAUGCUGCUCAAGUUCAACCAGCUGCAGUCGAGGAAGAAGCACCUGCGGUUCGCGCGGAGUCCGAUCCAUGACUGGGGAUUGUAUGCCAUGGAAAGGAUCAGCCGUGGAGAAAUGGUCAUUGAGUAUGUGGGCGAGAUCGUCCGGGCACAGGUGGCGGAGAAGCGUGAGAAGGCGUACGAGCGGCAGGGUAUUGGAAGCAGCUAUCUAUUUAGGAUCGAUGAAGACCUGGUGGUGGAUGCCACGAAGAAGGGGAAUCUAGGUCGGCUGAUUAACCAUUCUUGUGAUCCCAACUGCACUGCCAAGAUCAUUACUAUCAGUGGGGAGAAGAAGAUCGUGAUCUAUGCGAAGCAGGAUAUCGAACUUGGGGAUGAGAUAACAUAUGAUUAUCACUUUCCCUUUGAACAAGACAAGAUUCCCUGUCUUUGCGGGUCCGCAAAGUGUCGUGGCUUUCUCAACUGA